AUGACUGGCAGUUGCCUGGUUUCCUCGUUGGCUUUGGCCUCUGCUCCAACUGCUACUGCCCUCACAGCGCUAGCAACAGCAGCAGUUUCUUUACCAAGAGGCGGAUCUACCGUACCAGCUUCAUCACCAGUUCUGCACAGCACAACAGCAACAGGGUCUGAUGAUGGCGGAAAGAAUAGUGCGAAGAAAACGAUUGCUAUCCCGGUUGUGAAUUUUGAGUACUACAAUCAACUUUGGUAUUCCCUCCCCGAAAUAUGCCGAUUCUUUGUCAGUGGCAACUUGGGGAAUCUCUGCUUCUUCGCUAUUGAACGGGGUGUCUUCAGCUGCCUUGGGAAAAUCCCAUCACCACCACCAUUCCUGGUGGAACAGCAAGACAGCAUCUCCUUUUUCGUUGGAUACCUCUUGCAGAUUGUCACACAACACUUGCUCCAUGCCUGGUUAGUGUAUGGCUUGCAUAGCAUUAAUACCCGCGAAAAAUACCUCAAGACUCUAGGGGGACAAGCCAGUGCCUAUGGAACGGCAUUGAUCGGAUCUACCCUUUUGAAUAUUUACCUCCGAAAGCACAUGCCCAAAAAUGUGGCUUUUGUCACCACCCUCUACUUGUUUGCUAUUAUCAACUACUUUGUCAUUGGAUGGAUUACUCGCCAAUCUAUCAAAGAGGAAGCACACGAACCAACCAAAACACAACCAUUGGAGCCAUCGAGCAUUCCCACAACCACGCAUGAACAAACCAAUACACAAACUGACAAUACUAAUUUACAACAAGCACCUCAAGAGGAGAUCAGCUCUGUCGAUGGUGCAACAAUGGAAGACGAACAAAUUCGUGACAUUCCACGAGGAGGAGCAACCUUCCAGCCCACUAGUCGUCCUAGGCUUUUGAAUUCCUUUCAUGGUAACUCGCCUGGUUGGUGGACGGAACGGCGACUCUUCGCUAUGGUAAUGGCCCACCCAACUUGCGAAUGUCCAGAACUUCACAGCCAACAAGUAGUGUACAAUGUCCCAAACGACGAGAAUAAGAAAUCAAGAUAG